AUGACGCUCAGCAUCUCCAUCGACCCCCAGGACUCGCGCGACUCAGAUUCUCCGUCGGACGAAGAGGGUUCUCUUGUAGAUCUGGGAAGGGAUGACUACGAGGACUAUGAUAAUGAGUGGGCCUAUCUGUCAUAUCCGGGUGAAGUGAAACCGUCUGAUUCAGCGUCUCGACCAAGGACUUCGCACCGCAAUCGCUCGCACCACAGUUCGCGCUCCGCGUCGGGCCGCCCCAAUCCAGUGCGUCGGCGGAUGGUGCCUGAACGGGAGUCUCGCGAGUCCUAUGGGACUCGCCAGCGCCGUCGUCCCUCCCCCGAGUCCGCCGAGUCCGCCGACAGUGCAGAUUCUGAAGACUACCCCGGUCAUUAUACACGUGCGCCCGCAGAUCGCAGGUGGCCGCAGGCGCCGCCGCCGCCGCCGGGCUAUGCCCACAGCAACUCCUCCGGCCCCUCCUAUGGCGCAUAUCCUCCUGUCUCAGGACACGCCUCUCCAUUCCCACCCCAUCUCAACGGCCACCUCCCCUCAGAUUCACUAGUGCGACUCGGCCAUGGAAAUCCGGGCGCUCCGCCCUACGGCCCCGGGGCCUAUCCGUACAACGGACAAUAUCCUCCUUCCCACACGUCCGGAAUGCACGGAUUCUAUGGGCCCGAUCGUCACCGUCCACCCCAUCAUCCUCGCAUGGAUCCUCAUGGCCUGGGACAGCCGCCCAUGCCUCCCCAUCUCGCCGGCCACAUGUCACCCACCCCGUAUCCGGGGUCGCCCUUCCAUCAAGAGAUGAUGCACUAUGCGCAGAACCCGUAUCUCAACCCUUAUCCCAUCAUGCCGGGCAUGGUCCCCCCAUCCUAUUUUCCUUACCCAUCGGUCCCUCCUCCGUCUCAGCCGCCUGAGCCGGCUCCCGCCCCAACUCCAGCGCCCGCGCCUGCGGCUCCCAGUCCUGCACCAGCCCCCGCCAGCCCUCCCGCUGCACCUGCGCCCGCGCCUGCCGACGUGGCCAAGGAUGAAGCCAUUGCGCGACUGGAAAAGCUGAUCAUGGACGAGCGCGCGGAGCGCGAAGCCAAGGAAGCGGCGCGCCUGGCUGCUAUUGAGCGCGAGGCGGCAGAGAAGCUGGCAAGGGAGCAGCAGCUUGCACAUGACCGGAAAAUCGCCGAGGAAGCGGCCUUUUUGGCUCGAACAGAUGCCGAGAAAAGAGCGGCGGAGGCAGCGGCGGUCGCCAAAGAAGAAGCAGAGAAAGCGGCGGCGGCCGCCGCCAGCGAAGCUGCAAAGACAGCGGCCGCGGAGGCUGUCAAGAGUGCUGCCGAAGCCGCCGCUGCAGAAGCGGCCAAGAAAGCCGAGGAGGAGGCCAAGAAGGCAGAGGAAGCCAAGAAGGCGGCGGAGGCACAGGCAGCCGAGGAAGCCAAGAAGGCUGAAGAGGCCAAGGCAGCGGCCGCUGCUGCUGCUCCACCUCCUCCCGAGAAGAAGAAGCCGCUCAAAUUCAAAGACGCCAUUGGGAGGAAAUUCAGCUUUCCGUUUGAUCUGUGUGCUACAUGGCAGGGCAUGGAAGAUUUGAUCAAGCAAGCCUUCUCGCACAUCGAAGUGAUUGGGCCGCAUGUGGCUGAUGGACACUACGACCUGAAAGGUCCUAAUGGCGACAUUAUCCUCCCGCAGAUCUGGGAAACCGUGGUUGAACCGGACUGGACCGUUACCAUGCACAUGUGGCCAAUCCCAGAGAAACCCAAAGAUCCGGAUCCCCCUGCGGAACCCCCAGCUCCUCCAGCGAAGGAGGAAGCACCGCCCGCAGCUCCAGCCGCGGAACCUGCCAAGAAACCCGAAGGUAUGCUAGAUGCGAUCCAAAAAAAGGCCAACCUCUUCGUCAUGCGCGAGAUCGUUCGUACUAAGCCACCUCCCGUUCUAGCUCCCAAAAAGCCAGCUAAGAAACCGGAACCAAAUUCAUUUGCCAAAUGGAUGCUCGGUGGACGUGUUCCCCCGAAGGCACCCAAGGCCCCCAAGGCGGAGAAAAAAGCUGAUCCUCCUGCCCCUGCUGCUGGAGGAGGCUGA